AUGCGCGGGCCGGGGGCGGGGGGCGGCGGGGUCCCGGAGCUCGCCCGGCGACCCCCGGAGCCGCCCCCGCUGCUGCUGCACCCCCCCGAGCUUCUCUGCGCGCGCCCUGCAGCCCCUCCCGCCCUGGGACCCCCCCGUCCCCCCCCCAGCUCCAGCCCCCCCGGCACCCCCCAGCCCGGCGAGCUCUUCUACCCCAGCCCGGGCAUCCCCCAGUCCAGCCGGCCGUAUCCUCCCAGUGCGCCCCAGUCCGGCCAGCCCUUCCCCACCAGUAUCCCCCAGUCCGGCCAGCCCUUCCCCACCAGUAUCCCCAGUCCGGCCAGCCCUUCCCCACCAGUAUCCCCCAGUCCGGCCAGCCCUUCCCCACCAGUAUCCCCCAGUCCGGCCAGCCCUUCCCCACCAGUACCCUCCAGUCCGGCCAGCCCUUCCCCACCAGUAUCCCCCAGUCCGGCCAGCCCUUCCCCACCAGUACCCUCCAGUCCGGCCAGCCCUUCCCCACCAGUAUCCCCCAGUCCGGCCAGCCCUUCCCCACCAGUAUCCCCCAGUCCGGCCAGCCCUUCCCCACCAGUAUCCCCCAGUCCGGCCAGCCCUUCCUCACCAGUAUCCCCCAGUCCGGCCAGCCCUUCCCCACCAGUACCCUCCAGUCCGGCCAGCCCUUCCCCACCAGUAUCCCCCAGUCCGGCCAGCCCUUCCUCACCAGUAUCCCCCAGUCCGGCCAGCCCUUCCCCACCAGUACCCUCCAGUCCGGCCAGCCCUUCCCCACCAGUAUCCCCCAGUCCGGCCAGCCCUUCCCCACCAGUACCCUCCAGUCCGGCCAGCCCUUCCCCACCAGUACCCUCCAGUCCGGCCAGCCCUUCCCCACCAGUACCCUCCAGUCCGGCCAGCCCUUCCCCACCAGUAUCCCCCAGUCCGACCAGCCCUUCCCCACCAGUACCCUCCAGUCCGGCCAGCCCUUCCCCACCAGUAUCCCCCAGUCCGGCCAGCCCUUCCCCACCAGUAUCCCCCAGUCCGGCCAGCCCUUCCCCACCAGUACCCUCCAGUCCGGCCAGCCCUUCCCCACCAGUACCCUCCAGUCCGGCCAGCCCUUCCCCACCAGUACCCUCCAGUCCGGCCAGCCCUUCCCCACCAGUAUCCCCCAGUCCGACCAGCCCUUCCCCACCAGUACCCUCCAGUCCGGCCAGCCCUUCCCCACCAGUAUCCCCCAGUCCGGCCAGCCCUUCCCCACCAGUAUCCCCCAGUCCGGCCAGCCCUUCCCCACCAGUACCCUCCAGUCCGGCCAGCCCUUCCCCACCAGUAUCCCCCAGUCCGGCCAGCCCUUCCCCACCAGUACCCUCCAGUCCGGCCAGCCCUUCCCCACCAGUAUCCCCCAGUCCGGCCAGCCCUUCCCCCCCAGUACCCUCCAGUCCGGCCAGCCCUUCCCCCCCAGUAUCCCCCAGUCCGGCCAGCCCUUCCCCACCAGUAUCCCCAGUCCGGCCAGCCCUUCCCCACCAGUAUCCUCCAGUCCGGCCAGCCCUUCCCCACCAGUACCCUCCAGUCCGGCCAGCCUUUUCCUCCCAGUAACCACCAGUCCAGCUACCCCUUUUCCCCCAGUAUCCUCCAGUCCAGCCAACCAUUUCCUCCCAGUAUCUUCCAGUCUGGCCAGCCCUUCU